GUGAAUUACAUUUAAAAAAACGGAGGGCCAAUUUAAAAAAAAAAAUAAGCUAAAAUGAAGAAUUUAUUGUUGAUUUGUGGGUUUCCUGAAAGCACUACUGUGAAAGAGCUUGUGCACUAUGUCAGUGAAAAUUUCAACAGAGAUGACAUCUUAAACAUGUGGAUACACCCCAACAGAGAAUCAAGAGCUGUUGCAUUGUUUAAAAAAGAAAUUGAUGUUGAGAAAUGGAGUAAGAUGUAUUCAAACAGAUCUUUCAAUUUUAAAAAUAAUGAAUUAGUUUUGAAAACCACAACACCAACAUCAAGUGUUUUUGUUAGAACAUUUGAAGCAUAUUCUAAUGAACCUGUGGUGGAACCCAUUCUUAAAAAACUGUUUACUGUAUCAACAAGAGGUAAAAGUGAAGAGCCAAGUGUAAAAAAACUUGAUGAAGAUACCUUUGAAAUAACAUAUGAAAGUGGCAUGGAUACUGUGUUGCAUGUUUGUGAACUAGGGAAGAAAGACCAUGGAAAAAAGUUUUCAUUGUGUCCAUAUUUUCCUUGUUUCCGAUUAGAAUCUGAAAAUUUUUCAGAAACAUUUUUUGACAUACCUGUGGAUUUAUCUUUUAUAAGAUUAUUUCUAGAUUCACUGAAGUUUGAAGAUGCUCUAAAAAUAAAGGAGAUAAAUUAUGAAGUUAUUAAAAAUGACAACAAAUGGACAGUUAAGUUCAGAGGACCAGUAGAUGCUCUACAUUGGAUUAAAAAUAAACUAAAUUUGACAAUAAUGGACUUGCAGUCUUCAGGAGUAGAAAAAGAAUUCUUAAACCUUGAAAAAGUGGAGUGUGUACUAAAUCAGCAUUUAGCAAUUUCUGGAUUUUGCCUCUUCAUACCUGAAGAAAAUGAUAUCAUCAAUGUUGAAUGUGAAAAAAAUAAAUGCAAGAUGUCUCUACACGAUUUUAUAUCCUCUCUUAUUCUAAAGGAAGAAAUUUCAACACCCUCAAAUUAUUUUAGUAAAUCUAAAGAAUGGAUUGAUUUCCAGCAAAAUAUAAACAAAGCUAGUAACACUUAUCAUGUUUUUGAAAGCCCCUUUUUAGUUACUUUUCUUUUUUUCUCAUUUUCGGAAAAUAAUUUUGAAACAAUAGUAAAUGGAAUAAAGGCAAUAAUACAUCAAUCUACAUUUCAAAAUACCAGCACAUCAUCACCUCAACAUAAGGUUAAAAGUAUUUAUAAGGAAAAAGUUGUGAGUGAAAAGUACUCAUACUUUCACCUUCCAAAAGAAGUUUUUCUUUGGCUAUUUAAAACUUUGAAUUUAAAACAUGCUGCUGAGGAAAGAUUUCCAGCUUUAACUGUAAACUUGGAAGAGAAUUACUUUGAAGUUGUUUACCAAGGAGAAAAAAUUAAUGCUGAUAGAAUAGUUAGAUCUAUUGAAGCACAUUGCAAAAAGGUGGAGGAAGAAAUGCUGCAGUAUCUGGGAAAUAUCAAAAUACAGGAUAUUGUGAAGUCAUAUGUGGAUACUUCUGAAUGGCAAAUAAUGCUAAAGGAUACAGGAGAAUUCCCAAUUUUAUUUGUUAUAAGCUUAAAAUACAAGAAGCAGAUGACAUUUGAUGAAUUUUUGUCUCAGCUUUUUUUCAAAGAGAAAUGCAGCUCAUUUCACUGUGAAAAUGUUUCAAACCAAAGUGACUGGAUAACAUUUGUUAAAACUAUUUAUGAUGAUUUCCCCUUAAUACAUGUAUCAGUUGAUAAGCUAAAUGUGACACUCUAUACAGUCUCAGAAAACAAAGAUAAAGCGUUACUUGCUGUUGAAAAAAUUAAUAAGUUCAUUGAAAUGAAAAAUUUAAGCUCAGAAAAUGCUAAACAGCAUGUUGACAUUUUUCCUGACUACUCUGAUUUUAAAAACAAGCUCAGUUUAAAUGCUACAAACCUAUCACAACAGAGUGAACAUGCUACACAAGUGUUGAACAGCUCAGAAGAGGAUUUUUAUUCCAAAAGAACUAUAAUACCAUCUCAAGAAACUUUCUUUUUUGAACUUAUUCCACAUGAGUAUAAAUAUAGCCAAGUUGCUUUAAAAAAUAAAUUGGCAAAAAUUCAACAAAAACAUCAACACCUUUGCUCAGAAAUCAAAUUAACUGAUGAAAAAAUUAAAAUUACAUGUGAACCUGAAUGUAGGAACAAGAUAUUUGAUGAUUUGAAAGAUGAUUUUAAAAGUAUGUACCACCAGGUUAAAUGCAUUGAACAUCCUGGUAUUCAAAAUUUCAUUGGAUCAUUAGUAGGUCAAAUGUUAGUUGAACAGUUAAGUAAUAAAUUUAAGUGUGUAAUAGAGAUCCUGGCUACAGAAGAUCAACAAGCUAGUAAAGUAGAAGAUUUACAUAACACAGUUAGACCUGACUACAGUGUUAUUUUACUUCACACAGCAAGAUUUGAAGGAUUUAAUAUUCACCUCGUUCAGGGUAAAACAGAAAACAUGGAUGUAAACGUGAAAGUUAAGUUCAAACCAACAACUGCAGAAAAAUCAACUAUAACCUCAAAAUAUGAAAACCCAUAUCGUUAUUUUGAUAUUUCUCUACCCGAGUGGAAGAUUCAUCAAGGAAACCAGAAACAUUUGACAGAGCUUAGAACUAGUUUGAGAAAAAGUGUUAAAGACCUACUUUUGAAGACUGAAGAUGUGACAUGCUUCGCAUUUUCAACAGAAUUGAUACAAGAAUCCAAUUUUCCAUUUCCUCUAGACACAGUGGCUGAAAUACUUAUUUCUGAACUUUAUUCUAAGUUUUCCAAAUUAAAUCGGCCUACUGCAUCAAAAUCUUCCCCGACUAUAAAUAUUUACAUUUGUGAAUCGAAACGUGAAGCUGUGUUUAAAGCUUGCACUUAUUUUAUAAAUAAUUUUUUCGGAAAAAUUGAACAACCUGAUCAGGAAGCAUGGCACAAAGUGUGCUCAUAUGAUACCAGCAAGUAUGUUGAUUAUCGUCAAAAGCAAAUAGUAGUCAAUGUGUCUUCUUAUAGUCCUAUAUAUGAUGGACAAAAGGCUUUAUUCUGCUACCCUAUUGAACCAGAUUUAAAUGUUUACAGCUGCCCUGCUAAAAGAGAGUUUCUUUUUAAUGAAAGUAAGAUGAAAAAUUCACUAAGAAAAAUUCAGAAUGAAAAUCCAGAAGGACUAAGUAUUGGAGAUUGGAAAUUUGUGAAAUGCUUUUAUAGAGAUAGAGAUGCUAUAAUUUAUUGCUGUUCAUCUUGGGGAGCAGACUGUGAACAGACAAUCAAACUGUCUAUUGAAGGAUGUAAUUCAGCUUCAAAAGGCUAUAAUACUGUUUACAUAAUACCACCUGGACUUCACAUUUCACCUUCAUUUCCUAAACAAUUCUUAGCUCAAAAAGUGUUUAAAGAACUAGAUAACCUGAUACUGAAUGGUAAAAUAGAGAAAGGGAAAAAAAUUAUAUUUGUUGUACAUAAUUCAGAAUAUAGAAAACUCUUUGAAAAAGAAAUACAAAGCCGCUACACAUCAGAAAAAGAACACAAAAAGCCAUCUCCUGAUACACUACCAUUAUUGAAACCAAACAGUAAAAACCCUCAGAUUCUUCAGAGUGUAGUGAAAGGGACUUUGGUAUCUUUCAGCAGUCAGUGGAUGGAUAAUAUUUCUAAAGCAAGGGAUGCAUUAGACAAUGAAUUGACAGAAAUGAUGAGAAAUAAUAAACAGAUUUAUCCUCUAGAUGACCUGCAAACAAUUAAGUUUGAGGAGAAUAUUAAAAAAUGUGAACAACUUGAUGUUUACUUUACAUUAGAAAAACAUUAUGAAAGAGUGAAAACAACUCACAGCACCAGAGGAAAAAUUACAAAACAUGACUGCAAACUCACUGGAUCAGUUCUUACUGUUUUUGGAUUGAAUAAGGACAUAGUUUUGUGCUUUAAAGUUCAGAUGUUGGAAUUUUAAAGUGUAAUAAAGUGUUGUUUUCGUUUCUAUUCUGCUGCAUGAAUAAGUACUUGAAAAUGGUUUAAAUAAAAAAGGAAAUCAUAACAACUUAGAUAUAAUUUUUUAAAUGAGGCUCAACCUUAGUAAAACUAAAGAAAAGACUAGUAAACUAGUAAUAUUUUUAUAAACAUUUUUAAAAACUUGUAUUACUUAAACUCCUUUCUGAAAAUUAUCUGGCUUUUUAACUAUUUAGCAUCAUGAUCAACAACAAAAAUUUAGAUUAAAUACUUGACAUAUAAGCAUACAUUUUGUUGAUCCUCCUGCUUCAUUUGGUACCUUUUAUAAUAAAGUUAUAACACAACUGAAUAUAAUGCUAACUAGAAUUAGCUUUAUGUAAUUCAUCCCUCAAAAUAGAUUUUACUUUAUUAACAAACAGGAUUCAGUUAAUACCCAAGACUUUUUUUUUUCUAAAAAUUGUUUUUGCAGUAGUGAAUAUUAACUCCUUGUACAUAUCAUAAUAUCAAGAGCAGAACUACAAUACUGUCAGACUCUGCAAUGCCGAGGUGCC